UCCACAAGCCAGCAGUAUAGGAGCCUCUGUGUCUGAAGCAGCAGGAACGAGAUGUCUGCUCCAACUUUUGCAGCAAAAAGGGAGAACGUUAUGGAGCGGGGCAUGAACAUGAAGGAUGAGGAGAAGCUUUUCAAGCGAGAUGGGAUCCUCUACCCCACGAUCAUGACCCCACCUGAGAACCUGGAUGCUUUGAAGGACCUGGAGGCCAGGGAGGAUGAUGUGAUGCUGGUGGCAUAUCCCAAAUGUGGCUGUAACUGGGUGGUAGGAGUGGUGAGGAAAAUUCUGACCGCAUGUGGAUACACUUUCCCUGAUGGGCCCCCCAUUAUUGAGUUCCACUCUCCGGAAAUACAGAAGCUUGCCGCCCAGAUGCCGCCACGGCGCUUUUUUGCAACUCAUUUGCACCCUGAUAUCAUCCCUGUUUCAUUUAAGACCAAUAAAACAAAGAUGUUGGUGGUGUUUCGGAACCCUAAAGACACGCUCGUCUCUUAUUACCAUUUCAUGAACAACAACCCAGUGCUGCCUAAAGCCGAGUCCUGGGACAAAUUCUACUCCGACUUCAUGUCUGGUGAAGUUGCCUGGGGGUCAUAUUUUGACCACGCCCUGGCCUGGGAGAAACACAUGGAUGACCCUAACGUGUUGAUUAUGACCUACGAGGAGCUAAAGGAGAACCUGCCUGAGGGUGUAAAGAAAGUGGCAGACUUCUUCAGCUUCCUUCUGACUGAUGAACAGGUCAAGGCGAUUGCCGGAGCGAGCACAUUCAGUGCCAUGCGUUCGAGCUCGGAAAAUUCUCAUGGAAAGUUUGGCAAAGUUUUUUUCCGAAAAGGUGAGGUAGGAGACUGGAAGAACCACUUCAGCGAGGCUCAGAGUAAGCAGAUGGAUGAAGAGUUCAAGAAGAAACUAUCAGGAACCAGACUGGGAGCCAAGCUUAAAUACGAACAGUACUGUCAGUAGUCAGGGAUAUUAAACACUGUGAAACAGGACUUUUGACCUCAUGUGAGUUACCUAACUGUGAUUUUUUUUAAUACUCAAAACCGUAUUCAGAUUAUUAUUAAAUAAAGUACAUUUUCCUCAA